AACUCAGAGGGAAAGAACUUGAUGCUUUUGGCAGUAGAAAACAGGCAACUCCAUAUCUACAAAUUGUUGCAAGAUGGAAACCAGAUAACAAAUAAUUUGUUCGAUUAUGUGGAUGAAAAUGGAAACAGUGUAUUGCAUCUUGCUGCAAUUCUCAGUACUGAUAGGCCUUGGCUCGAUCCAAGUGUUGUGCUUCAAAUGCAAUGGGAAAUCAAGUGGUACGAGUUUAUUAAGAACUCUGUGCCGAAAUAUUUGCUGAAUUACCAAAACGACAAAGGCAAGACACCGGAAGAAACCUUCAGGCAGGAACACAAAGAGCUCGUGAAAAGCGACACCGAGUGGCCAAACAAAGCCUCAGAGUCAUGCACUAUCGUUGCAACACUCAUGGCAACGGUCGCCUUUGCCACAUCGGCUAGCGUGCCUGGCAGCAUUAAUGGGAAAAACGGAGAACCCAUUCUCAAACAACAACGCAUGUUUGAGGUGUUUGCAAGCUCAUCACUUGCAGCACUCUGCUUUUCACUAACAGCAGUGGUCAUGUUUCUCUCGAUUCUCACCUCUCGACACCAAAUCAUGGAUUUUGGCACUGACUUGCCUAGAAAGCUCCUAAUUGGUUUGAGCGCGCUCUUCAUAUCCAUGGCUUCUAUGUUGGUAUCAUUUUGCGGUGGACAUUUCUUUGUUCUCAGAGACGUGCUAAGAGACGCAUCGAUUGCCAAAUAUUUAGUUGUAUUUCUACCCAUUACAAUUUUUACCAUGGCCCAAUUACCACUCUAUGCUAAGCUUGUCUUUGGUUCAAAAAGAAGGUACCUGGGAACGACUUAGUGGUUACUAAUUAACUAGAUUCUGUUUGUCUAACAAAUAUUCAUGUAUAAGCCAUCUGUAUGUGUGUGUUUUCAGUUCUUGUUUCCCAGUUUUCUUCCCUUCAGUUUGAUGACCAAUAAACAUUGAAGUGAUUUAAAUAAUAUAAU